GGGGCUAUUACUAAUGCCGACAUGAAUUGAGUGCAAACUGCGAUUCGGUGCUCUCUUUUACAAUUUUUAUACCUCGUGGAACACCGCCUACCAUGGCUUUACAAGGCGCGAAAAUUCUGCGCCUUAUAAGUGUUGUACCUCAAUGAUCAGUGGCAUUAUCAAUUUGAAAGUGUCAUGUCGGAAGAAGAGGCUGUCAGUGGCCUUCGAUGGAAUGACUAUAUUUCCGUGAUAACUAUUACCGUUGUAUCCUAUGAAUACCUUCUUCACUUGGACAAAGAGAUCAAAUAUGUCUGGCAACGCCCAUGGUCACCGAUGUCAUAUCUUUAUCUCGUUGUUCGAUAUCUUGGACUUUUCCUUGCGCUGCUUUGGGGUUGUUGGGGAGGACUGUUGUAUAUGCCUGAAUCAGUGAUUGCAUUGCAGAAGUCAUUCUCAUUUGGCGUCUUUAUGCGCUGUACAACUGUUCAAAGCUCCUUCUUUGGAUCCUACUGGGGUUGCUCCUACCCAUUGUUGCCGUAUCACUAGCAACAGAUAUCUUUUUAUACAGUCAAUCCAGCAUCUUCUCAGGUAGGUGCAUGUUUAUUGGCGUUGACCAAGACCUAAUCCCUGU